AUGACCUCAUUAUCAGCUGCCAAUUCGCCUCCGCGAGUGCACGAGGACGUCUCGCCCGCUGAAGCCCGCACCCAAAAGGCAUCCCGUCCUCCACUAACCCAUCAUAAUACAACACCAGACUUAUUUGCAGUUGCACACGAUUCUUCUAAUGAUGAUGGUGAUAAAAUAGAAAAUCCCAAGGGGACUCGACCCCGAUCAGGGUAUUUUUCAUCCAGUGGAUCUGAAUCUUCGGAUGAUUUACUCGUUCAAUUAGAAGCUCGUCAAUCAGAUCAAUAUAGAAAUAUUAAAUUUCUGAUACCUAGAGCUGAACUACAUGAACCAUUUACUAAGAAAAAUUAUGAAAAACGAGUUAGUUUUGAUACUAUAAAUAUUCAAUAUAGUGAUGAUUUUGAUAAUGAUUUUGAUGAUUAUGAAGAUUCUGAUUUAGAUCCUUAUUCUGGUAAUUAUAAAGGUUAUAAUUCAAAUAUUAAUGAGUUUAAUUUUAAUAAUGCAUCUAGAGGUCGUCGUUUGGAUCGAAGUAUUACUAGAUCUCCUUCACCAAAUCAAUUUGGCCGUAAUCCUUUAGAAUCCCCCAGUACUUCUCCAAAUCGUCGAAUGCUAAGUCCAAUGAGAUAUAAUUCAACGGAUGUUUCAAGAUUUUUAAAUCCUUAUAGAACAGAUUAUCCAACAAGACCAAUUAUUACCCAUCGUGGUUGUACUUUCACUAAAUUUCAUAAAAAAUUCGAAGAUUUAUACCUUCAUAAAUUAUAUAACGAAGAAAAUAAUUGGUUAAAACCCAUUUUACCCCUGAGAGUUAUUCUUGUUUAUAUCAGUGGUCGUAAACAUACUUGGGUUGCUUUGGAUUGGAUCUUGAGAAACUUCAUCGAACACGGUGAUUCUAUUAUUGUCGUGCUGGCCAUCAAUCAUGAUUUAUCGUCUCGUAGAAGAUAUUCUAAUUAUCAAAGUCCUCAAAAAAUUGUUGCUAAAACUCCUAAAAUGAGAUCUCGUCAAAGAAAUCGUCCUGAAUAUAUUAAAUUCAUUGCUAAAAAUAUCAUGACUUAUAUUAUGGAGGUUAUUAAUAAAGAUAUCAUUGCUAAAGUUUCGGUUGAAAUCGCCGAAGGAAAUCUGAAAAGUGUUUUAAAAGAAAUGUAUAAGUUAUAUGAACCAAGUCUUGUUUCUACUGGUACUAAACCAAACAUGAGAAUUAGUGCUCCUCUAAAAUCUUGGUUAUCUUCAAAAUUAACUGAUCGCUUAGUGAAAAAUUUUCCCUUGCCAGUUAUAGUGGUACCAGCAAUGAAUAUGUCUAAUUUCGAAGUGAAUUUACAAAAUGAAAUUAAUAGUCGUUAUGUUGGGAAAACUGGAGUUGGUUUAUCAAAUGAGUCUUCAAUUGUUUCUACAAAUUCGGAAUUUUCAUCUUCUGAUGCCAAUCAUGAAAAAGAUCAAAUCGAUGAUAGUUCAUCUAUUAAUUCGGAUGAAUCAGUAGGAAGUGAUUCGUCUGCUAAUUCUUAUUCUUCUUACGAUGAAAUCUCAAAACUCUAUAAAAACUAUCAAAAUAAUCUUCAUGAACAAUUAACAGCUUGCAAAAAAGAAGUAAUUGAUGAAAAUUACUUUAGUAAUUUUGUUAAAGUCAUUUCAGAUAAAUCAUCAACUUUUUGUGAUGAAGUUCGUUCAGUUGAUCCUGACUUUAGAGGUAAAGGUUCAAAAUUGGCCAGAGCGAUAACUGGUUCAAAUUCUUUUGGUACUGUUCCUUAUAAAACAAAGUCUUUACUUCAACCUUUAGAACAUGCUAAAUCUACUCUGAGUGCUGCUCUUUCAACUCCUGGUUUAUCUUAUAAAGACUUGAAAAGAAAUUUGAAAUUAAAACAACAGCAACAGCAACAGCAACCGCAACAACAACAGCAGCCUCCCACCAUCAAUAUAGAACAGCAUUCGCCUAUCGAACCUCCUCGUAAGAGUGCUUUGAAAUUUGUUGAUCUACAGUCUCCAAGCAAGGACAGUAUAAACAUUGGUAAUAACAACAAUUCAAAAGUAGAAAAUUUGUCUAAGACUGAUUCCUCCAGUAGUCUAUCUUCAAAAGAUUUAAAGAAACAAGCAAAGGAAGAGAAAAAACUCUUGAAAAAGAAUAAAUCUUUAAAGAAAUCCUUAUCCCAUGAUAUCGAUUCGAAACAAUCCAGACCAGUGUUAGAACCAUUAAAGUCUCAUCCUGACAUCACCAUGUUGACCAAACAAUCUUCAGAUAAUGAAGACUCUUCAUCAGAUAAGAAAAAACAUAAGAAGAAGGGUAGAAAUAAAUUCUGGAGUUUAUUUAAAGUCUAA